AUGACGAGGUACUAUCUGAUGAUAAUUUGCUGUCUCUACACCAUCGUCGAUAUGGGAUCUCUACAUUUUUCCGAGAAAAUAUGCGAACCGGUUCUUUCAACGGAGGUAGAGGGCUGGCAUAUUAAAGUCAAUAGUCUAACGUCCCGCACGAUUCGACUGUCCGCAAGAAAGCGCGGGUACAGAUUUUUUCCCAAGAUCGAAAGAGGAGUGGAAAUAGAGGACUACGGCAGAAAAGAGGCUUCCCUAUCGCUCAGGGAUAUUCUUCCUUUGAAUCCGAAGCAAUAUGACAAGCACAGGGCGCCAAAGUUCUAUGGGCAACCCACCAUGGUCUACUUUCACGUCACUGUUCUUAGUCUCGAUUCAAUAAAUGAAGAAUCGAUGACAUAUGUAGCUGACAUAUUCUUAGCUCAAAGCUGGCGGGAUUCAAGGCUAAGGUUACCCGAGAAUAUGUCAGAAGAAUACAGAAUACUGGACGUCGAUUGGCUUCAUAACAUAUGGCGCCCUGACUGUUUCUUCAAAAAUGCAAAGAAAGUUACUUUUCACGAGAUGUCGAUACCAAAUCACUAUCUCUGGCUUUAUCACGACAAGACUUUGCUCUACAUGUCCAAACUUACAUUGGUUCUCUCGUGCGCAAUGAAAUUUGAAUCUUAUCCUCAUGACACACAGAUUUGUUCUAUGAUGAUAGAGAGUCUUUCGCACACGACCCAGGACUUAGUUUUCAUCUGGAACAUAACAGAUCCGCUGGUUGUGAAUCCUGAUAUUGAACUGCCGCAAUUGGACAUUGCAAAUAAUUAUACAACCGACUGCACAAUCGAAUAUUCAACUGGCAAUUUUACUUGCAUUCAAAUAGUAUUCAAUUUGCGACGUAGACUUGGUUAUCAUUUAUUCCAUACGUACAUACCUUCAGCGCUAAUUGUCGUCAUGUCCUGGAUUGCUUUUUGGAUAAAGCCUGAAGCUAUUCCUGCACGGGUCACUCUAGGUGUUACGUCUCUUCUUACUCUAGCAACUCAAAAUACUCAAUCCCAACAAUCAUUACCACCAGUCUCGUACGUAAAAGCCAUCGAUAUAUGGAUGUCGUCAUGUAGCGUCUUCGUAUUUCUCUCUCUUAUGGAAUUCGCAGUCGUAAAUAAUUACAUGGGUCCUGUUGCUACCAAAGCAAUGAAAGGAUACUCUGACGAAGACCUGAGAGAAUCAAUAGAUGAAUUUAAGACUCCAAUGAGGCCAGAAUCGAGAAAUCGAAGUCCAGUGAGGCCACUUAGUGUCCAGUACGACACUUGCUGUCAAGGAAGAGCGACAGCCAUUUUAAUAGAUAAAUUUUCAAGAUUUUUUUUUCCUUUUUCAUUCGCUAUUCUCAAUGUCGUAUACUGGAGUACUUUCCUUUAA